AUGAAAAGUAAAUAUUUUUCGAAAGGCAAAAAAGCAAGUAAAAAAAACAAUAACAAUAAUAAUAAUAAUUACAACACUUUAGAAUACAACAACCCUGUAUCGACUAGCCUAUAUAUUUCCACAAUAUUAAACAAACAUGAAAAAUUAAUUAAUAAAAAAAACAAAAAUAAAAUUAAACUCUACCAUCGUAAUUAUUAUAAUGAUGAUGAAGGGACGCCGUUUAAGAGAGAAGGACAAAUAAAAUUAUUAGAUGAUAUUAUAGCAAGAGAUAAUAAAAAAGAGAAAAAAAAUGAAAUUAUUAAUAUAGAAAGUUAUAGUAAUGAUCAGCUUAAAAAUGAUAAUAUAAAUAAUAAACGUAUUGUAGAUAUAGAUGUCGGUAGUACUUAUGUUGAUGGGAAACAUUUCAUUGAUAUAUCUUUGGAACAUAUUAGACGUAAUUACCAUAUUUUUCAUAAUAAAAAUGAAAAUUAUGUAAAAGAAGAAAAACAAAAUGUCUCAUAUGAUAACAAAGAUGAUUUUAAAAUAACAAGAAAAAAGUUGCAUUUGUUAAAAGAAGAAGACUUAAACUUUAAAUAUGAACAAAUUAUAUCUGUAAAUAAAAAGUUUGAUAAUAUAAUUAAAAAUUUAAAAUUAAGCGAUAAAGAAUUAGUAAAAUAUAUAAUAUGUAAAAAGUGUACAAAUCUUACUAUAUUAAAAAAAGGAAAAUAUGGUACCUUCUUUUUUUGUAAAUCGUGUAAUAAAAAUGUCUCUAAAAAAUAUAUAGAUAAUUAUAUAUUUAAUGAACAAGAAAAUACUUUUUAUAAAGAUAAAAAUAAAAUAUCUUUUGAAAUAGAAAAAAAAAAUUCUUAUCGUAUACACACUUUUGGUAAUAUUCAAUAUGCGCAUGCAACGAAUCAGAUUAUUAAUGAAAUAAUAAAAGAAAUCAUAUCAGAUAUUAUUGUCAUCAAAAAAAAUAAAUUUAAAUAUAAAAACAUUAUCAAAUAUAUAUCUAAGAUAAAUAUGCCUUACCCAAUGAAUACAUGCAACUAUUAUCCAUAUGGAUUUGCUUAUAAAAGAAAAAAAAACAAAAAAAAUAUUCAACCAAAUAAGGAUCAUAAUGAACAAGAUAAAACAUAUCAAAGAAUUGAAGCAUAUAAAAUAUAUAAAGGACAAGAAAUACAUAAGGUAUAUGAUACAAAUAACAAAUAUUACAAAAAACAAACACAACCACGUGUGAUAUAUUACCGAUUCAAUUUUUCUUUCUGUAGAAAUAAUAUUUCUUUUAUGUUUAGGAAACAUAAUUAUGUGGUACAUAAUAAAAGAUAUGACCUUCUUUUUCUAUAUAAUAAAAAAUUUAUUAAUUUCAUAGAAUCAAUAAAAAAUCGUAAAGGUAUUUAUAAAAAAGUCCUAAAUAAAUAUCUCUCAGCAUAUUUAAAAAAUGAUUUUUUUAACGAAAUAAACUAUUUACCAUUAACAUGGAAACCUAGAAAAGAUUACAUCAAGGCUGGAAUAUUUCCAUUCAAUUUGUCAAAAAAUAAUAGAAAAAUAGAAUCUUUUGGUCGAUUAUCUGUAAAUAAUAAUAAUUAUUUAUGUGGUUGUGUCUUUCCUUUAUGUACUUAUCAAUUAAUAGUACGUUAUUUUAUAUAUAAAUUAUUUCACACAUGUUUUAUUUAUCAAAUACCCAAUUUUAUAUUUUAUUUCUUCAGAUAUUAUUAUCGAAUCAAUAAUAAUAUUAACAAACAUAAAAUGUACAACUACUUUUUAAAAAAUAAAUAUAUAAACAUAUUUAUAAAUAUAUAUCAUUCUAAAUAUAAGCAAAUAUUGGAUACAAUCAAAGAGGAAAAAAAAAGUAUAUCCAUUUCAUUAUCAUCAUCAAAUAAGCUUGAACAAAAAGAAAAAGAAAAAAAGAAAAACUACAUAAAAAAUUUGUAUCUUUUUGAUCAACUGUCUAAUAAUACUUACAUUUUUAGUAAACAAAAAAUAGAAAAAAAAAUAAUAAAUCAUUAUUAUCAUAAGAAAAUACAAAAGAUUAAAAGACAAAUGAAUCAAGAAAUCAAAAAUAUAUGCUUAAAUGAAAUAAAAAAAAAAUUACCUAUACGAAUACAAAAAGUUAUUUUAACAUAUCAAUUACAAGCUAUAUAUUUCUUUUUUAAAAAAAGAGGAAGAAUAUUAAUAGCUGACGAAAUGGGUUUAGGAAAAACAUUACAAGCAAUUUCUAUUUUUUACUUUUAUCAUUUAUAUCCUGUUUUAAUAAUUACACCAGCAUCUUUAAAAAUAAACUGGUUCUCAGAGAUUGAAAAAUAUUUACCAGCUUUUGAUCCCCAAAAUGUGUUGAUAAUAAACAGUUCAAAUGACAUGCCUAAAUGUGCUUCUUCAUACAAAAUCAUUAUUGUGUCCUUCAAUAUCUAUAAAAAGCUAUAUAAUUUACUAAAAGAAAUUCAAUUUCAUCUAAUCAUCGUCGAUGAAAGUCAUUUCAUACGGACAGUACAUUAUGGGAAUCAAAGUCAAUUAACAAGAUUACUAAAAAAAAAAAUCAGGAAAACAAAACAUGUUCUCUUCUUAAGUGGUACCCCAUCAAUAAAUAGACCAAUAAAUAUUUUUCAUCAAAUAAAAUAUUUAAUCAAUAAUAAAAACAUUUUUCCAAAAAAUAAAAUUAUAUUUGGUGAAGAUUAUUGUAAAAAAUAUUUCUACCGAGGGGAAAAAAUAUAUGAAGAAAAUUUAAGAUCAUGGGAAUUUCAUUAUUUCUUAAAUAAAAUUGUUAUGAUCAGAAGAACAAUUAAUCAAGUUUUCCAAAAUAAUUUCCCAAGUUUAAAAAGGUUUUUUGUUUAUCUCAAAAAUGAUAUAUGUGAUAAUAUUAAAAAUUCGACACUAACAAAAAGUCCAAUCCAUGAAAAUUCUUUUAUUAACAAUUCAGAGGAUAACGAUCAUAUUCAAAGUGUUAAUGUAAAAUGUGGAUAUAAAAUGGAUGAAAUGUACAAAAUGAACAACUUGGAUAAAAAUAAUAAUAUACCAAAUAUGGGCAAUUUUUCUAAUAUAUUAGAUGAUCAAAAUGAAUAUAAACAUGUAGCAGAGAUACCACAAUAUUAUAACGUUAGUUCAAGCAAAAAACCUGAACAAUCAAAAUUAAAUAAUUCAAUCAUAUAUAAACAAGAAAGGAAACAUAAAAAUAGAGAAAUACUCAAUCAGUAUUUCCAUAUAGAUAUAAAAUCUAAAAAAGAAGAAGAAGGUGUUUCUAAAAUUGUUAAUGCCUUACAAUUUAUUGAAAAGAAUUUUCCAAACAAAAAAAAAAUCAUUUUUUGUUAUCAUAUAAUGGUCUCUAAAUGUACAGAAGACGAAUUAUUAAAAAUAAUAAAACAAAAAAAAGAAAAAGAAAAUAUAAGUAUAGAUUAUGUAUCAUUAAAUGGAUGUAUUCCAGAAAAAGAGAAAAUCGAAAAAAUAUUAUAUUUUCAAAAUAACAUAAAUUGUUAUUAUGGUAUAUUUACUAUAUGUUCUGUUAGUCAUGGUUUAGAUUUCAGUUUUUGUAAUUUAUGCUUUUUUAUGGAAUUUCCAGUUAACUUUUUUCAUUUACAACAAUGUGAAAGUAGGCUAUUUAGAAAAAAUCAAAAACAUAAUACAUAUGUCUUUUAUUUUUUAUUACAAAAAGGAUUGGGAAGUGAUCACAAAACUUGGAACAGAUUUAUUUUAUGUUCAAAUAGCACGAGGUCUAUUAUUGAUGGUACCAAUUUUAUAAAUAAGGAUUUAAUUUAUGACAAUAUAUCAAAUGAUGCACUUCACCUAAUUAAUAAUAACCAAAAUGUAAUUCAGGAAAAUAUAAAAGAACAAAAAUGUGAUAAACACGACAAACAUGUAAAUCAUCAAAACUGUUUUUAUACAAAUAUUCAUACCAUUUCUAAAACAAACUUAACUAUUAAGGAAAACAUUUAUAAAAAUCAACAAAUUUAUGAAUCCAAAAAAAUGUGUAACUUAAAGGAACAAAUUUUUAACCAAAGUGGUAAUCAUCUAUAUACUUCAAUAAAAAAUAAAUCAUCUUUCAUGAUCAAUAAAUGCAAUAAUUCAAUUCCAACUAUAAAUCAUAAAAAAUAUAACAAUAAUAAUAAUAAUAAAAAUAAAAAGGUAUAUAUUAAAAAGGAACAUGUUUUAUUUCAAAUUAAUACAUUCACAAAUAGAAUACACGUUUACUAUAAAAACAAAAAAACCAAUUUCUCCAUUCAAGAAUUAGAUACUAUAAAAAAAAUAAACAAAAACAAUCAAGAAACAAAAAAUAUAUUUAUACUAAAAAUGUGUGCAAAGAAUUUCCUAUGUAAUUAUAAUAAAUUAAAUACAAAUGAAAAAAAAUUAAUUGAACACAAAAAAUGUGAUAUUAAUAUAUCUUUACUAAACUAUUGGAAACAUAUAGAUAAUAAUAAAAGUAAUAACAAACAAAACAAUUUAAUCUUUCAAAGAUAUAUAAAAAAUGUUCCAUUAAAACACAAAACAUAUGUUAAGGCUUAUAUAGAAAAUAGUUUUAAAGGGAAAUUCGAAAUGUUUUAUUAUCAAGAAUGGAAUUCAAAAGAAAACCUUUUCAAAUGUCUUCAUUGUAAAAAUAAAAUACCAUUAUCAAAAAAUAUUAUACACGAAGAAAAUCAGAUUUUUCAAUACCUUCAUCAAAUAAAUGCUCAACAAGAUAUUAUAAAACGUUUUCAUAAAGAAAUCAAUAAUCUAAAAUUAAAACAAUAUAAUAAUAUUCAAAAAAUUAUUAUUUGUAAUGAAAAUAAUUUGUUUUGUGAAGGAAAGUGUCGUAAACUUUAUUUCUUAAAAAAAAGUUCUUGUAGUUUAAGAAGAUUAAUAUACGAAAGAGAUAAAGGCAUCUGUAAUAUGUGUCAACUUGAUUGUACCAAUUUAAUCAAACAAAUCAAAAAUAAUAAAUAUUUUGAAAUUAAUCAAAAAAUAGAUUAUUUUAUUAAAAUGUAUCCACUAUUUAUUGAAAAUGUUGAUCAUCUAAAAAAAAUAAUUCAAAAACCGAAGGAAGGAUACAUAUGGCACGUAGACCAUAUACUACCAGUUUUCAAAGGUGGAGGCGAAGCCUCCUUUGAUAAUUUACAGACACUCUGUACAUUUUGUCAUAAAAAAAAAACGAAAAAUGAUGUAAAAGAUAAAAAAAAAAUAAAAAAUAAAAAAUAA